GUCACAUCUUUCUUCUCACCAACCCCCACAUCAAAGUUGUGCUACCAACUCUUUGAUUUUUUCAAUAGGUUUACCAAACUAAAUAAAGAAUUAUAAAGCCCUCAAUUUUGAACACCCAAAUCAAGAUUCAUCACAUCUUUUGUUUCUCUACUCCAUUUUUUUUUUGAUUUUGUUUUUGUGUAUCCAUAAAUGGGUAGUGAAACCAAGGUUUAUACUUUGGAAGAAGUAGCCCCCCACAACAAUGCCAAAGAUUGUUGGCUUGUUAUUAAUGGCAAGGUGUACGAUGUGACGAAAUUCUUGGACGAUCACCCUGGUGGCGACGAGGUUUUGUUGGCUGCUACUGGAAAGGAUGCAACCGAUGAUUUUGAGGAUGUCGGCCACAGCAGCAGUGCUCAAGCAAUGUUGGACGAAUACUACGUAGGGGCUAUUGAUUCAGCAACCAUCCCGACUAAAAAGCAGUACACUCCUCCCAAUCAGCCUCAUUACAACCAGGACAAGACAUCCGAGUUCGUAAUUAAGCUCCUCCAGUUCUUAGUUCCCCUGAUCAUUUUGAGCGUAGCUGUUGGCAUCCGCUUCUACACCAAACAAUCCGCUUGAAGAUUGAGUGCAACGGUAAAUUCAUAAUAAGAGUCCGAAUUUGCAACAUGUGACCCCCCUCUAUACCCACACCCAAAACCCCCCAUCAAAUUUUACUUCUUAGACUUCAUAUAGUCGCAUGUUCUUGUUGUAAUAGAUUGUUGAUUUAUCCUUAAUAGAAGUGGAUUCAAAAUUUUAAA